AUGGUAUUUCUUUGGUUGACGGUUAUUCUUGGAGCGGUUUCCCGCGUCGCCGAAGCGGCUUCUCUGCCAAUCGUUGACCUAGGGUAUGAGUUACACCAGGCAAGCUCAUUCUCCAAUGAGCACGGUUGGUACAACUUCAGCAACAUUCGAUAUGCUGCCCCACCUUUGGGUCAACUUCGCUUUCAGCCUCCCGUACCACCCUUGACAAAUCGAUCCAAAAUUCAGACCGGAGAUGUAGGGAGAGUGUGCCCCCAGGCAGACAUGCCCCAGUGGGCUACUACUGCUUCUGACUUUAUUGUAGAGACCUUGUUUGGAUCUACACUCAAUACUAGCGGCUCAGAGUUCUCCGUUAUCGAUGGGGCGGGAGUUCACGACGGCCGAAUCUCUGAAGACUGUUUGUUUCUAGACGUCAUUGUCCCCAAGAAGGUAUAUGAAAGAAGGAGUCAGAACCUUACGGAAAAAAGCUUGGCUCCGGUACUCGUCAGCAUCUACGGUGGCGGAUAUGUGAUGGGACACAAGAACACCAUUGAUCCUUCUGGGCUUAUGAAACGUGGUAUGCAAGCUGACGAUGGGUUUAUUUGGGUUUCCUUCAAUUAUCGCGUCGGGGCAUUUGGAUGGCUUGCCAGUGACGCUACCACAGAACAUGGAGUUGCCAAUGCUGGCUUGCAUGACCAACGCCUCGCUCUUGAAUGGGUGCAAAACAAUAUUCAUCUCUUCGGUGGUGAUGCAAAUCAGGUCACUGUUAUUGGACAGUCUGCUGGAGGCGGAUCUAUUGUCCAUCAGAUAGUUGCGUACGGGGGCGACGUGCCAGCGACCUUCCAUAGAGCGAUCGUUCAGAGCCCCGGGCUGUCUUUUACCACAGAGGAACAGCAAAAUGAGAUUGCGAAUCAAUUCUUGCGGAUUCUGAAUGUCACCUCUAUCGAAGAAGCGCGCCAACUGCCUACCGAGAGCCUCAUUGCUGCCAAUUCGUAUCAGAUCACAAAUCUUUCUACCUAUGGUUCUUUUUCCUAUGGCCCUGUGGUUGAUGGUAGAUUUGCACCAGACGUUCCAGUGCACCUUCUCACAUGGGGCAGGUUCAACCACAAUGUUUCAUUAAUCGUGGGUCAUAAUGCGGACGAAGGGUUGUUCAUUACAUCUCCCGAAACAAGGAAUAGCAGCGUUCUGACUACGCUUGUCGGCGAGGCCUUUCCGAACUUCGGCCCCAAUCUUACCGACUAUAUCGUCAAUGACCUCUAUCCCCCAGUUUACAACGGAUCUUACGACUAUAAAAGCCCGGUGUGGAGAGCAGACUUGCUGUUUUCCGAGGCAUAUUUCACAUGCAGCACCAACGCCCUCAGCAGAGCCCUACCCAAUCAGACUUAUCCUUAUAUGUUCAGCGUCUUUCCGGCGCUCCAUAGUAUGGAUUCUUCUUAUGUUUGGUAUGAUGGGUCCAGCUCAGCAGUUGGAAACGCAACCAUUGCAUACAUAAUGCAGGAUUAUACUAUCAGUUUCGUUAAAGGUGGAAUUCCUUCUUCUACCAUUGGACCCCUCUUCCAACCUUGGAGUGUGAGAGGUUCCGUGCUGAAUGUUGACACAUCCGGUGUCGCAGAGAUGAAGGAUCCAACUGAAAACGAGCGCUGCCGUUUCUGGCAGCGUGCCCCAUACUAGAGUCAUCAGAAGGG